AUGCCAACCAACGCUGCCGUGUACCUCGAGUCGCUGCUUCGCAACGUUGAGUGGGACGACUGGGUCGCUUGCUGGGGCCCUUCGUUCGGCUCUGCCUUUGGCAACGAUCUCUCAACGACGCGCCAAGGACAUAUAUUCCUCGCCUCAGUGAGCCAACCACGCAUCUCUGUCGCAGACGAAGUCGCCUACUGGCAGCGCUAUGGUCUCCAGUCGUACGAGCUGCAGUGGCAAAACUUCAAGAUUAUCGGCCUCGACAACACAUACAGAAUCGUCAAUGCGCUCGGUCUCACAUACCCGUUUACGCUCCAGCGCAGCCAGGGCCAGUAUCGGCUCGAGUUUCAGACCACAUACAAGCUCUACUGGUCGCUCGCCAACGACCUGGCCAACCUGCCAAACCAGACGAGUUUGCUGCGGUCGUCUCCCGUCUUUGCAUACGCCAACACAUCGUUGGAAGACGUCUACUUGGCGAACGCCACCUUUCUGACGGCGCCGCUGCCAGCAGGGUAUGCAGUCGUCCGUGCAGCGCUGGGUCCGUUUGGUGCGAUUGACGCCAAGUACGUCGAAGUGCCACCGGUCGUCCGCGCCGUUGCUCGGGACAUCAUGUCGGCUGUCGCGACGCACCGUGCGAGCGCCGUGAGCUUGCAGGCCGCCUACGCAAGACUGCCAGUAAGCUUUUUGGAUUUGCUCGUUCCGGCGCCUUGGUUAAAGCUUGGCUUCAACACCGUGGGAGGGUCGCUGCUCUGCUCCGACUUGAUGAUGGCGAGUUCGAGUCCGAUCUCGGCGGGCUUCUUACGUCUUUUCCUCUUUGAGAGCAAAUGCACGGGCGGCGUGAUCGCAUCGACGUUUACCUCGACGCUGGAUGGCUGGGUAUUUGCGGCGCUUCUAUCAAACACUAGCACCAUGGACGACCACUGUCUGCAAGUGCCGAAUGCAGUCGCCCAGUGCCAAGCCACGCUCACGGCCGUCACGCAAUGGACGUCGACGAUGGCGCCACUCCACAUACCGUCGCAGUCGGCGGCCAUGGACGCCCUUGUGGCGCUCAACAUCUCCCUCAUGCAGUACGGAACUCUCAACGAAUCAGUCCCCCUCGCGCUCUUCACGACGCCGCUUCUGGAUGAAAAUUUUAUCUUUUUCGGCUCGAUGUUUGUACUCGAGUGGCUCCGCGGCCAGCGGGAUGUCGUGACAUUUGCAGGCGACCACGGAUCGCUCACACUGCUCUCAGACCUCGUCGUCCGAACGGUCGAGCCGGUCGAAGCCGCCGAGCUCUCGUCGAUGUUUGCUCUAUACGCCCACGCCACCGUCCAGUACAUCACCUACGUCAUGGCGGGUCUCGCUGCCGUUGCAGGCGUUUACAUUGUCGUCAGCCGCGGCCGCGUCGAAGGGCUUAAUAUGCUCGAGCUCAGUCGCGUCGGCGGCAUCGUCUGGGUGGGCCGCCCGCUCUUGGUCGUACGGAGUUUCACUGCGCUCUGCCUCUUGUCGACGGCGACGUCACUGUCGCUACACUACCCAAGCCCGCACCUGGUGUCGUUUGCGACCGAGGCCUCGUCAGCGCUGACAACGUGCUUGGCCGCUAGCGAGGUCACGUGGCUCGUCGGUAUUCUCAACGACAUUUUUCUCGCGAUCACACGCGAGCACUCGAUUCGCUACGUCACCAUCAACAGUGUGCUCGUGUGGGCAGUCGCAGCGUGUCUUACAACCCUCCGACCCGUUCAGCACAAGGCGAAUAUGGCUUUCCGCUGCGUCCCCACGGCACUGGACCUCCAAGUCACGUGCUCGACCGGCACCAUCGCGAUCGGGUUUCUGGAUCGCGUCCUGCUCUUGAUCCUCAUCAUUGUCGUCUGCAACGGAGUCUGCUACGGCCUCGUGCGGAGCCUGUGGCCCGUGUCGGCGUCCGUCCGCCGCAGUGAGUCGCUUUUGCUCACGGCCGGCGCCAAGUUUCUCUUUUCACACGACGGGUGGCUGCUCGGCGACGUCUACUACAUGGAUCGCGCGUCGGCGCUGCUGAGCGGCCUCGUGACGGUCUCAUGGCGCGGCUCUCUACUGGUCUUUGACGUCAAAACGUGGCGGCUCCAGCCAAUGUAUACAAAGAAGCUGGCCGCCGAGCUCGUGCUUCCUCCUCGGCUCGCAUCGGCACUACCGCUUCCCGACACGCCGAUCGAGGACGUUGUAUGA